UUGGAAUGAUAGUCCCACGGCGACGGGGAACUCUCAUGAACGUUUGCCUUUAUUAAACCCUAAUAUUUUGCUCCUUUAUUUGUGAAUUCUUCUCUUUCUUCUAUCAUCAUCUUUCUCCUACCAUCGUCCAUCUCUUCUCUCUCUCGUCUCUGCAAAUCAAUUGUGUUUUUCUUCCCUUCUACCGCCGCCGUGUCCGCUGGUUUUUCCCGGAUCCGACCCGUAUCCGACACGGAAAUUAUGGUGUCUGGUUUAAUAAAUGCAAACCCUAUUGUGUACGAGAAGAAAGAGCGGCGGGUUCGUAACGAAGCAGUUGUACCUGAUGAAUACGCUGUUGAACCUAUUGACCAACUAGAAAUUUUUGAUCAUAUUAGAGAUAUAAAGGAUCCUGAACAUCCCUAUUCUUUGGAAGAGCUUAAAGUAAUAACUGAAGAUGCUAUUGAAGUUGAUAACGAGCGAAGUUAUGUUAGGGUCACAUUUACUCCUACGGUUGAACAUUGUAGUAUGGCUACGGUUAUUGGUCUUUGCUUGAGAGUCAAACUUAUGAGGAGUCUUCCUUCUCGCUACAAGAUGGAUAUAAGGGUUGCACCUGGAACUCAUGCAACUGAAGCUGCAGUUAAUAAACAACUGAAUGAUAAAGAACGUGUUGCAGCUGCGCUAGAAAACCCUAACCUUUUGGAUAUGGUUGAUGAAUGUCUGGCUCCAUCCUAUGCUUGAAUUUUUUAUUAUUACCAUACGUGGUGAGCUAGAUUUGUUUUUCUUCAUACAAUAAACUUUACUUUGUCUCUUUGUAUAUUUCAUUUUAUUCGUAUGAACUUCCCUACUUUGGUUCAUCAUUACAGAUUAAAGUUUGUAUUUUUAAGGCAUAAUGCCAAAAAUAACCCCUAACAUUUGACUGAUUAGUCAAUUUGAACCUUGUUUUUUUUUAA